GAGUCCAAAAAUCCAAUUCAAGUAGAAAGCCACCAAUCAACCACUCCACAAAAUCCACUAUUUUGUCACCAACAGCAUCCAUUUCCAAAUUCCAACCCGGCCCGAUUAUUCUUCUCCUCCCCCAAAUCACACUCCCCAAAACACACACAUACACACACAGUUUGAUCAAUCAAUUAAUCAAUGAAUCGCAGUGAGAGAUCUGUUUAGAAUACUGUGUUUGUGUUUUUGAAAACAGAUCUAUUAAGCUAUCUAUUCACCGGCUACAUUUGAUCUCAAAAAAAAAAAAAAAAAAAAGAAAAAAGAAAUGAAUAUAUUCAGAUUGGCAGGUGAUAUGACACAUUUAGCGAGUGUUCUCGUUUUACUUCUCAAAAUUCACACCAUCAAAUCAUGCGCUGGGGUAUCAUUGAAAACUCAGGAGCUCUAUGCAUUGGUCUUUGCUACUCGUUACUUGGAUAUAUUUACUGAUUUUAUCUCACUAUACAAUACUGUCAUGAAAUUGAUCUUCCUUGGGAGCUCUUUCUCUAUUGUAUGGUACAUAAGGCGCCACAGGGUUGUGCGUAGAUCCUAUGACAAAGAACAAGACACCUUUCGUCAUUAUAUUCUCACGCUACCUUGUUUACUUUUGGCCUUGCUUGUUCACGAGAAGCUAACUUUCAAAGAGGUUAUGUGGACAUUCUCCUUAUAUUUGGAAGCAGUCGCAAUACUUCCUCAGCUAGUCUUGCUGCAAAGAACAAGAAAUAUUGACAACUUGACUGGUCAAUACGUUUUUCUACUUGGAGCAUACCGGGCUUUAUACAUAUUGAAUUGGAUCUACCGUUACUUCACUGAACCUCAUUUUGUCCAUUGGAUCACUUGGAUAGCAGGGUUAGUCCAGACAUUGCUGUAUGCUGAUUUCUUCUACUAUUACUUUGAAAGCUGGAAGAACAAUGUAAGGCUCCAAUUACCGGCUUAAACUUGGCCUUUUGACAACGAUAAUGCCGGUUGAGAGUUCAGAGUUGUAAGAAUCAUACCUGAUUCUCCUAGGGUUGUUUGACGAUUUCGAUUCUUUCAAUUUUGUAUUAAACUCCCAUGUGGUUCUUAUAUACUCAAAAAAUGGGGCUCACCCUAAACAGAUCAGUAUGUAUCAGUGAUUAUAGAGUAUCCAACUUUCUUUUUUUA